AUGGGCGGCGGCUGCUGGCGGCUGCUGGGCAUCGUGUGCCCGCUGCUCCUGCACCUCGCCGCGAGCCAGGAGCCCGUCAGCAUGGCGGGACAGUGCGAGAGCAUCUUCAGGGGCUUCGCCGGCUGCCUCAUCAGCCUGGGGGAGAGCAUGACCCAAAACGUCCGGCGGCAGCAGCAGCAGGAGGAGGAGGGCGGCGAGGAGGCGCAGGAGCUGGACACCAUCUGCAAGUCCUGGGAUGACUUCCACACCUGCGCCAGUGACGUGCUGUCGAGAUGCCCCGUGGAAGCGGCCAGCGUCUGGGAGUCGCUGCGCCAGGAAUCCCGCAAGAUGCAGUUCCAGGGGAACCUGCAGGAGCUGUGCAGCGCCCGGAGCCGCCUGGCCAGCCCCCAGCCCCCAGGCUCGCCGGCCUCCGAGACCAACCAGGCCACGCUGCGGGGCUCGGCCACCCCCCUGCACCCCUGCCCGCUGGCCCUGCUGGCCCUGCUGGCCCUGCCGCUGCUGCUGCUGCUGCUCCGGCUCUAG